AUGUCGUCCUCGGGCGGCAACUCCGGCAGUGUUGGUGGCCCGAUCGCUCCUCCUCAGCUUUACUUUUGCCACCAGUGCGAUCGUACGGUUUCCCUCAACCCUCCACCUACCUCCGAUCUCGUUUGCCCUAUUUGCAGUGGUGGUUUCGUCGAAGAGAUGGAAACCCCUAACCAUAACCCUUUCCCCCCCAAUCCCUUCUUCUCCGUCCCCUCCUCCGACGCUCCUCCCUUCGCCUCCAGCGGCUUUCCCUUCCUCUUCUCCGCCCCCGGCCCUGGAAAUUUCUCCGACGAUCUCUCUGCCCUCUUCGGCGGCGCACCCGCACGCUCUUCGCCGUUUCAGGACCCCGACGCCUUCAACCCCUUUGUGUUCCUUCAAAACUAUUUGCAAACCCUAAGAGCAAAUGGUGCCAAUGUCCAGUUCGUGAUCGAUAACAACCCCGGCGCCGGGGGGGACCCGGCAGGUUUUCGCGUCCCCCAAAAUCUUAAUCUCGGCGACUACUUCUUCGGCCCGGGCCUCGAGCAAUUGAUCCAGCAGCUCGCGGAGAACGACCCAAACCGGUACGGCACGCCACCCGCUUCGAAAUCCGCGGUGGAGGGCUUGCCGGUUGUGAAAAUCUCAAAGGAGUUGUUGGAUUCCGAUUCGUCCCAGUGCGCUGUGUGUAAGGACUCGUUCGAGCUCGGCGAGGAGGCCAAGCAGAUGCCCUGUAAGCACAUAUACCAUUCGGAUUGCAUUCUGCCUUGGCUGGAAUUGCACAACUCAUGUCCUGUUUGUCGCUACGAGUUGCCCACCGAUGAUACUGAUUACGAGCAGAGGCUUAGCGGGGCCUCCGCCAAUGCCAAUCGAGCUAAUCAAUCUGCGGCGGCUGGUGGGGUCAAUAUUUUUGCCGGAGUUGGUGGUGGGAGUGGGAAUGGGAGUGGGAGUGGGAUUGGGAUUGGGAUUGGUGCGCCAUCUCUAGACAAUCAGAGUCCAACUCCCCGAACGGUGGAGCGGAGAUUUACCAUCUCCUUGCCACGCCUUUUCAGGGUAUUUGGUGGUUCUGCUGAGACUAGUAAUAGUGGGAGUGGAAACAAUGAUGAGUCAAACUCGGGAAAUAGGGGAGGUCAUAACUCUGGAUCGGAGGAGCCUAGGCAUGAAGAUCUUGAUUAA